CGCUCUCGCCCAUUCUUCACGGUGAAGUCCGCAUUGAGAGCGACCGAUACGCGAGUUGCUGAUGGUGUGCGCCCCGAGCUCGCUCGUGGAGGGCGCGUUGAAAGAGCGGGUGCUGGCCAAUUGUGGCACAACGCUGGUGUCCGGUUACUGGAUGCCUGCACGAGACGGCCACGCUGGCCAUGCGGCAGAUGACGGUGCAAACAAGGCGAAAAGAAUAAGAGAAAAUGCGUUGAGCGCCUGGUGGAGGAGAGAGCGGUAGGCAGCGUGUGGAAGUCAAGCGGCCUGCUACCAUGUGUUCGCAAGCUUCCUCCCUAAAUAUGGUGGCUCAUAUCCUCCUUCCUCCCUAUCACCUUCUCCCCCUUCCCGACCAUCCAUGGACGACCUUGCCCAUGAAGCUCUCCCUUUCCACUCCCUGAGCCGCAAGCGCAAGGCCGACCGUGACGACCACCAGACCAAGCUGCAAGACGCGUCCUCAUCGUCGGACCCAUCGGCUGCGUGCGAACCCAUGCUCGUCGACUCCUCCGCUACUCCCCGAUGCCCCGCAAAGAGUGCCGACCAUCCUUCUGCGUCCUGGCUUCUCGUCGACACUGACCAACCGAUGGUGCAGUCGUGGCAGACGCCCUCGCCACCGUCUUCUUCGGCAAUGGCGCUCGUGUCGCAGGCCCCGGCGGAGAGCCCAUCACGACCAAAGCGACCCCGCGUCGAGAUUCCUCAGUCUCCAUCUUCAUCCUCUCGGCGUUACCGCAGGGCACAUGGGCUGUACAAUCACUGCUUGCCAUCACCACAGAGGUACGCACGACGCAUCCAUUCUGGCGAUACUCGCGAUACGGGCAUCGUCUCGGCGACCGAGCCAGGGCCCAGCAGAGGAUCCUUGUUGCGCACUAGCAGUGUUCCCUCCACCCCUCGUGCCGUCUCUUCCGUACCCGUCUCGCCUGUGGGCCAUAUCUCGGCGCAUAUACCGUCACAUCAACCGCCCAUCAACCGGGAGACGUUGAAAGAGCUCGACCUGGAAGCCAUCCUCCGGAAUCCUCAGCUCCGUCACGACUUGUUGUUCGAUUCGGGGCUGCAGUUUCGUCCGACAUCCAGUCGUAGGAAGCGCGAUCUCGCUGACAACUACUGGCUCGCGAUCGUGCGAGAGCUGGAGUGCGGAUGUACGUGUUUCACCAUGGACCUGCACGGAAGGCCGUGCGAACGCAUAUGUGUUUGCCGCUCGCUGCCACUGCCAGUUGGAAGAUCUGUUUACGCAUAUACCGCCGAGAACCGCAUAACCGUGCGGGCGCCAUCGCGCAUCCGUCCACUACUGCAGGAGCUCCUCGAGGUGCUUAUAUCCAUCAUUCAGCCCGUCGUCUCCAAGAGCACCGGGGUGUGUGUUCAGCCCUCGUCGCUGCAGCUACAGGUGCAGCAGAAUGUGGCUCAUGUGACAAUGUUGAGGUCGGUAUUGGACGCAGACCUUAUACAGCAGGAGAUCGAUCAUCGCCUCUUUGACCCGUCAGGCGUCUUCCUGACCAUCGGCGACAUCAUCCGGUGCCACUGUGCGCCCAUGCGCGACCAUGCUGUCGACCAGAUGGUUGCGCUGGCAAAGUCCUGCGCGCCAGGUGGAACCGGCACCAAGGUCGACGCUGUCCGUGCCAUCCGAUUGUGCUUCGAGAUAAUGGAGCUCAUGAAGCUGGAUGUUGCAAACCACCAGUUGCAAACUCUGCGUCCGUAUCUCAUACAGACGUCGGCGCAGUAUGAGCUGAAGACGUUCCAGGAGAACAGGCAGGGCGAUCAGCUCUCCCUCGAUCUUACGCGUCAGUGGCUCCAAUCUGCAUAUCAGGAAGUCGCUCGUCGCGUGGAGAGGUCGACCCUGCGUGCAUAUCAGGAUUUCACAAAACUUCCUCAGCGGACGCAGGUUCAGAUAGCUGUGACGACUGCUAUUGUGGACCUCGUGUUCAACCCCCCACCGCCCUCUUCCGCCAUUUCACAUUCAACCCUUUCGCCCUCCACGCCCCGCCCAGCUUCGACUUCUGCACAUUGUGCGCGAUACCCAGAAACCCUUUAUCUCGAUCACAACCGCUUAACGACAUUCACAAAUGAUGCAGCCGACUACGUCGCGCUGUAUAUGCUCCUCAUGCUCUACCGCCAGCUCGUGUUUUCCGGCACGUGCGGACCACACGACUCCGCGAAGGGUGGUGUGAAGGUGGACGAGCUGCUCAAGCUCAAGAAGGAGAUCUGGGAGAUAGGCCCGCCACAUCUCGGAACGUGUUUCCAGGGUGCGCGGCGCGCGAGCCGUGAGUCUUCCCAAGCGAAGGCAGAAGCGGAAGCGGCCAAGUGGCGACAGGAGAUGAGCAAUGUUGUCCUGCAGGUAACGAUGCGUGCUACCAAUGCCCGCCGAACGCCGAGCACGGAACGGCAUGCUCUCACAUGCGCGCCAGACGAACAGGCGGUGAAGCUGGCAUCAAGCUGGGCAGAGUCGAAUCUGCGUCAGGACUCGCCGCUGAGUACUCUCAUGCGCUCGCGAGUACGGGAUCAGGUGCUGGAGGCUACCAUGCAGCUGGUGGUUCCCUCUCUCAAGAAGAGCGAGCCUCAGCUGGAAGAGGAGCCUACCACGACAACCAAUGGUCUCGAACCCCUCAUGCCGGAGAUCAACCACCUUGCGGAGAGGGUGGCAAAACUUGCGUCUAUCCAUUUGAACGUCUACGGCGCGCUCUACGCCCAGCCGAUCUUCGUGCCGGAUUGGUGCGGCAAUGCGCCUUCACCGUGUGAUUAGGCCCAUGCCACAGACAGGGCUCGCGCUCUCGCGUGCCAGAUACCCACUCUCGUUUCUGUCAUUUGAUUGUUUCCUUGCCGUACCGUUCUGCAUACCGAGUUAAUGAAACGAGGACGGCCGUUUGUAAUUAGUCGUACGAUCAUUGGUAAUGAAGAAGAAUUCGACAACGUUUCAAGGGGAUCAUGGGCGAUGAAAGAUUAGGCGACCAUGUAGCGAGCGCUGUUGAACAGAAAGGUGUUCUCACACAGCCUGCACAGAUUUAUUUUUCCACGGGAAACCUG